CUUGUGAAAACAGCCUGAGCGAAUGAUGUGUUUUAGUCUUAUCCAUCGGAUGGUCGUUGUUGGUUUGUUUGUCAUAUUCUUUGUUGAAAAACGGAAGUGAGUAGUUUAAAACAGUUUGAAUAAAACACACAGCGUGACCUUGUACCUCUGGAAGUGUUUGUGUUUGUGUGUGUGUGUGUGUUUGUGUGUGUGUUGGGCGCACUAAUGGACGGAAGACAUGACCGCCCUGGUUACAGCAGCCCCAGCAGGCCGUGCCAAUGUAAAGAAAGCGCCUGACCUCACAGAUUGCACUGUUGGGUUCCUGGGGUCCAGGCCCUAAAACAAGGGAUGGAUGUGUGAGUGUGGCCGAAGCUCACGUGUUCUGUGGAUUUAGGGCGGUGACGCUGCCCUGACCGGCGCCAUGCAGCAGAAAGGUGCCAUCCAGAUUAUCGAAUGGGAGGACCUGGACAAGAGGAAGUUCUACUCACUGGGUGUGUUCAUGACCUUGACUACCCGGGCCACGGUCUACCCCUUCAGCCUGAUUCGUACCCGCCUGCAGGUGCAGAAAGGAAAAGCCCUGUACUCUGGCACCUUUGAUGCUUUCUGCAAAAUUCUGGGAGCAGAGGGCAUGAGGGGCCUGUACCGUGGCUUCAUGAUCAACACGUUCACUCUGGUGGCUGGUCAGGCGUACAUCACCACCUACGAACUGGUGCGCAGGUAUGUGUCCUUUCACACGCCCAGCAACACGGUCAAGUCAGUAGUGGCAGGAGGAGCAGCGUCCCUGGUGGCUCAGACCAUCACCGUGCCCAUAGAUGUGGUGUCCCAGCACCUGAUGAUGCAAGGCCAAGGGGAACACUUGUCCCGCUUCAAAGUCAAACCCAAAAUGAUGCUCGCUACAACCAAACGCAGGCCUACCUUUGGGCAGACGCGAGACAUCACCGUGCAGAUAUUCACAGCCGACGGCUUCAGGGGAUUUUACCGGGGCUACCUGGCAUCGCUGCUCACAUACAUCCCCAACAGUGCUCUCUGGUGGCCUUUUUAUCAUCUUUAUGCAGAACAGCUGUCUUUAUUAGCACCAAGUCAGUGUCCCCACCUGAUCCUGCAGGCUGUGGCAGGACCAAUGGCAGCAGCAACCGCCUCCACCAUCACAAACCCUAUGGAUGUUGUUCGUGCAAGAGUACAAGUGGAGGGACAAUCGUCCAUCAUCGGGACCUUCAAGCAGCUGCUGGCAGAGGAGGGGGUCUGGGUAAUGACCAAAGGACUGUCAGCCCGCAUUAUGUCCGCCACACCCACCUCUGUGCUCAUCGUGGUGGGAUAUGAAACUCUGAAGCGGCUGAGCCUGCGGGCCGAGCUGAUCGAGUCCAGACAUUGGUGAAAAGCAGGUAGAGGGGGGACCAGGACAGAGACCAUGACCCAGAUGUGUCGCUUGGGUCGCUGCAACAAUUUGUCAAAUCCUCUACUUAUUUUCUUCUGCACACAAAGACCUCUGUUUUUAAGUAUAUGUGGAGACUGGACGGGCGUCUUUUUCCUGUUUGAUCCAUUUUAAUGGGAUUUCUGCCAACACAUUAACAUAAUCUAAUGAUUUGUGUGAGUGAUGCGCACACUUGUGAAAUGGGUACAUGUUUUUGCCCAUGUAAGGUCUUUGUCUUAUAAAUGAGUCUAAAAAAACUGGAAGAAUAAACAAACAAACAACAAAACAAAAUCAAAAAGGAAAGGUGCAUUUUAAAGAAAAAAUUUGAGGUUUAAAUGAUUUAUUAUAAGCUUAAGUUUGGAUGUGUUCCUGUAUAGUAGGGCUGUCCAAACAUUUAGUCACAUGGGCCAAAAUCAUAAAGUCAGAAGGACCUGAGGGCCAAAAAUAUUUCUCCUUUACCUGCUCAACAAUAAACUAAACACUGAAUACUUUAAUUAAACAAAUAAAGUAGUCCGAUUUAUUGCUGGAAACAAGUGCGUAAAUUAAUGUAGAUCCAGAAGUUUAAAAUUGUUUUGCAGGUUUCCCUAACUGAAAGAAAUUUUGCAAUUUUCUAGGUUUCAGUUGGGGAAAAAUAAACCAAUUUAAUCAAUUCUGAUCAAUAAAAUCAGGAUUUAUGUCAUUCUUUUAUUGAAAAUGCUUGUGUUCAGAUGAAUUUAAUAAAUGAAUUGGAGUGCAGCAAAAUCAGCUUCUGAGUAGAAGUCACUAAAUAAAUGUGGAAAAAGA